GCCCCGCCCUCCCCACCCCUCAUAAACCACCUCCCUGGCCCGGCCCACAUCUUCCACUUGUGCGACGGCGUCCGGCCCGUCCAGCCCAUCCAUCAGUCCCGACCUAAGCGGCCGGGCGGGGACUCGCGCUGCCGUCGUCAACACCGCUGCCAGGCAGGAUGGAUGGUCCUCGCUCCGACAUGGGCCGCUCCGACGUGAGCCGCUCCGACAUGAGCCGCUCUGACAUGGGCCGAUCUGACAUGGGCCGCUCCGACGUAGGCCGCUGGCGUGGGGGACCCCUGCAGCCCUCAGCCACGCCUUCACCAGAGCCGGAGCCCGAGCCUGAGCCAGACAGAGGUUCUCGUUCUCGUGGAGGACGAGGCCGUUCCUUCUGGGCUCGCUGCUGUGGCUGCUGCUCCUGCCGGAAUGCGGCAGAUGACGACUGGGGGCGCGAGCCCUCCGGCUCCAGGGAUCGGGGGUCCAGCUCUCGGGGCGGAAGGCCUGACUCCCGGGGCGGCGGUGUAAAUGCGGCUGGAGAUGGCACCAUCAGAGAGGGCAUGCUGGUGGUGACCGGUGUGGAUUUGCUGAGCUCCCGCUCGGACCAGAACCGCCGAGAGCACCACACAGAUGAGUUUGAGUAUGAAGAGCUGAUUGUGCGCCGCGGGCAGCCUUUCCACUUAGUCCUUUUCCUGUCCCGGCCCUACGAGUCGUCCGAUCGGAUCGCCCUGGAGCUGCAAAUCGGAAACAACCCCGAGGUGGGCAAGGGCACCCACGUGAUCAUCCCAGUAGGCAAGGGGAACAGCGGAGGCUGGAAGGCCCAAGUGACCAAGGCCAGCGGGCAGACUCUGAACCUGCGGGUCCACUCCCCCGCCAGCGCCAUCAUUGGCAAAUUCCAGUUCACCGUCCGCACACGCACAGAGGCAGGGGAGUUCCAGCUGCCCUUUGACCCCCGCAAUGAAAUCUACAUCCUCUUCAAUCCCUGGUGCCCAGAGGACAUUGUGUACGUGGACCAUGAGGACUGGCGGCAGGAAUAUGUGCUGAAUGAGUCUGGGAGAAUUUAUUAUGGGACUGAAGCGCAGAUUGGCGAGCGGACCUGGAACUAUGGCCAGUUUGACCAUGGGGUGCUGGAUGCCUGCCUGUACAUCCUGGACCGGCGGGGGAUGCCCUAUGGAGGCCGUGGGGACCCAGUCAGUGUCUCGCGGGUCAUCUCUGCCAUGGUGAACUCCCUGGAUGACAAUGGAGUCCUCAUUGGGAACUGGUCUGGCGAUUACUCUCGAGGCACCAACCCCUCAGCAUGGGUGGGCAGCGUGGAGAUCCUGCUUAGCUACCUCCGCACCGGCUACUCCGUCCCCUAUGGCCAGUGCUGGGUCUUUGCUGGUGUGACCACCACAGUGCUGCGCUGCCUGGGCCUUGCCACCCGGACUGUCACCAACUUCAACUCUGCGCACGACACAGACACGUCCCUCACCAUGGACAUCUACUUUGAUGAGAACAUGAAGCCGCUAGAGCACCUGAACCGUGACUCUGUGUGGAACUUCCACGUGUGGAAUGAUUGCUGGAUGAAGAGGCCAGAUCUGCCCUCGGGCUUCGAUGGGUGGCAGGUUGUGGAUGCCACGCCCCAGGAGACCAGCAGUGGCAUCUUCUGCUGCGGCCCCUGCUCCGUGGAGUCCGUCAAGAAUGGCUUGGUCUACAUGAAGUAUGACACGCCCUUCAUCUUCGCUGAGGUGAAUAGUGACAAGGUGUACUGGCAGCGGCAGGACGAUGGCAGCUUCAAGAUUGUGUACGUGGAGGAGAAGGCCAUUGGCACACUCAUCGUCACCAAGGCUGUGAGAUCCCACAUGCGAGAGGACAUCACCCACAUCUAUAAGCACCCAGAAGGCUCGGAUGCAGAGCGGAAGGCAGUGGAGAUGGCAGCUGCCCAUGGCAGCAAACCCAAUGUGUACGACUCCCGGGACUCUGCGGAGGAUGUGGCCAUGCAGGUGGAAGCGCAGGACGCAGUGAUGGGGCAGGACCUGACGGUCUCUGUGGUGCUGACCAAUCGCAGCAGCAGCCGCCGCACGGUGAAGCUGCACCUCUACCUCUCUGUCACCUUCUACACCGGUGUCACCGGCUCCAUCUUCAAGGAAUCCAAGAAGGAAGUGGUGCUGGCAGCAGGGUCCUCGGACAGCGUGGUCAUGCCUGUGGCCUACAAGGAGUACCGGCCACACCUCGUGGACCAGGGGGCCAUGCUGCUCAAUGUCUCAGGCCACGUCAAGGAGAGUGGCCAGGUGCUGGCCAAGCAGCACACAUUCCGCGUGCGCACCCCAGAUCUCUCCCUCACGUUAUUGGGAGCGGCCGUGGUCGGCCAGGAGUGCGAAGUCCAGAUCGUCUUCAGGAACCCACUGCCCAUCACCCUCACCAACGUCGUCUUCCGGCUCGAGGGCUCUGGCUUGCAGAGACCCAAGAUCCUCAACGUGGGGGACAUCGGGGGCAAUGAGACAGUGACACUGCGCCAGACGUUCGUGCCGGUGCGACCAGGACCCCGCCAGCUCAUUGCCAGCUUGGACAGCCCGCAGCUCUCUCAGGUGCAUGGCGUCAUCCAGGUGGACGUGGCCCCAGCCUCCGGGGGCAGGGGCUUCCUACACGCUGGAGGUGACAGUUACUCGGGAGAGACCAUCCCUAUGACGUCUCGAGGCGAAGCUUAGCCCUGGGCCAGCAGCAAUGGGACUGGAGUCACAUGAACAAGGACACUGCCCCAAGACGGGGCUCCACCUCAGAGCGGCUUCCCAGGAGCUCAGGUGGGAGAGCCGGGCACCUGCGGGGCAGAACCAAUCUUCACUCACACUCAGUAGCAUGGAUGGCAAUAAACUAUUUUUUUUAAUAAA